AUCGAGUUCAAUAUGUCUACAACGUUUUGAGCCAGACGUCGUCAUGACGCAAACAGUAGUGUUAUUAAUGUAUGCGAAGUCUUCCGAAUUUUUUUUAACUUGGAAUUUAAAUUAGUAUAAAACAUGCCUCCAAAUGGAAGGAAGCGUCAAAAGUCCGAUCAAAAAGUAAUGAAAGAAAUCAUUCAUAGUGGGCAUUUUAUGGUAUCUGAUAUUGACGAUUCGGAGGUUCAAGACGGAGAGGAUAUUCCAUCCUUAGUUGUCCACGAAUCGGAUUGCGAUCAAGAAAGUUUACCUUUGCCAGUUAAAGGAUUUGAUUUUGAAUCGGCAUGUAAAGAAACUUCUAAAACUUACACUUUUGGCUCUCGUAGUUCUCACUCGAUAUCCAUUGAUGCAUCGCUAACGAAACUUUUCGAAUGUAUGACCUUAGCAUACAGUGGGAAAUUAACAUCGCCAAGAUGGAAACAGUUCAAGGGUCUGAAGUUGCGAUUGAAGGAAAAAAUUAGGCUGAACAACAUGAUCUGGAGAGCCUGGCAUAUGCAGUUUGUCAUGAAAAUAAAGACAGACAAACUGUGUCAGUUUGCUACGCCUUUGGAUGGGGAAACUCAUAUGAAACCAGAGGCUGUUGUCAUUGAAGGAACAUAUUGGAAAAGGAAGAUGGCUAAUAUUACAGCAGAAUACAAAAAAUGGAGGCUUUUCUACCGAGAUCGAUUCAGGCUGAAACCUAGUCCAGAAACUGAAAAUAUGGCCAUGGAUUUGGAUACUCGAUGGCCCUCUUGGCCCAAAGAUACAUAUUCAAGCCUCCAAAGUGCCAUGGAAGAAGAUUUUAUUAUGGAUUUUAGUGACACAUUAUUUAGCAGUUUCAAUCCAAGUCAGCCAUUUGAUUUCCCAAAUCCAAGGGAAAUUGCUGCCAAAGCAGGCAUUGCAGAUUUCAUUCAACCUGGUCUUGUUCAACUCCAACCAUCAGUAGAUGAUUUCAUGGAUACCUUUGAACCUCUGUCAGAUCUUUUUUCAGAUUUUCUAAAUUCAAAACUUCCACCACUGCCUGAGGAAAGUACGUACAAUAGCAAUAAUAUGCAAGAUGUGAUGCCAUCAACAUCAGAUCAACAGGAUUUAUAUGGUUCUAAGUCCUUGUUUGGGCGAAAUACUUCCGCAAGUGUUUACACUCAGAGUAGUGGUGUGCAAGUUUCAUCUGCUCCAUCGGUUAAAAGAAACAACUUCAGAAAAUCUGCUGCUGCGAGAUCUCAGCUGCAGCAGUCACGUUUUGCCCCGUUAGCAGUCCCUUCCCCAUUCUCUGGAAAACCCAUGAUCGAAACAAUGAAUUCCUCACCAGCAGGUACUUCCCUGUUGGCAGAACAUGUGCCUUUAUUGUCCAGUGAACAAUCCUCUGCUCAGUCCAGUUCCAUACAGCCUUUCUUGUGCAGCAAUGUUCCAAACCAGACUUCAGACAACACAACUAUUGAAUCACUACUGCAGAGAAACUUGCAGAAUGAAGUAAGAAGUCUGCAACAAAAUCAAGAGAGCUUAAAUUCUGCGAUACAUGUGUCUGCUAGUCCACAAAGGAUGAAGCGAGAGCGUGCAGAGCAGUACUUUCAACAGCCGACAUUUAUGUCAAAAUCUUUUGAUGAAGCAGAUUUAUCACAGCAACAACCGCAGCACCCAACUCAAGGGCCUUCUGCGAUCCAAGUGCCUUUGCAGUCUAUACCACAUGGACAAUUUGUAAACACUGUUAUUCCUAGUUCAAAUGCAAAUGAGGCCAAAAAUUCAAAGCAUCCUUUGUUUUUCUCUGUUAGUUUAGGUCAGAUGAAUCAGUCUUCGAAUACAUCGGGAAAUUUUAAAGUACCUGCACAAAUACCUAGUAUAACUCCUGCAACUGGAAAUGUAUAUGAGCCCAAUAUGGUGAGUCCUACAACAACAGUUGUAACAAAUGCAGAUUCACCAGCUUUCAGAAGACAUUCUUACACAACUGGGCAGCAAUUGCAUUCCAUACCACAAAGUUCGGGAGAUUACAUGAGCUCUCGAAGAAGCAGACCCAUAGCUCCCGCAACAACAACAGGAAACUUUGUUGUGCCUGAUGUACCAACCAGACAAAGAACUCGAUCUCGAAGUGUGUCUACACCUCAGUCGAGUAGUCCGAAAUCUUUCGUUCAGCAGCCUAUGCAAGCUGUAUCACUCACUGACAUAAGUGCUCCAUUACCCACUGUUGUCACUUCCCCUGAUGCAGCAAACAAAAGAGCGAUGAUUUCUGGUCAAACUCUCAGUGGUACAAACUCUAGCAUAUUGCCACAGAAUGCUGUUCUUGCUCAACUUCUUUCCUCAGUUACUUCAGCAACUUCAACAUGUGUGCAACAGGAUAUUAGCCAAACAGUCAUCAAAGCUACAAACGCUGCUACAGCAAGUGUAACCUCGCCAGUCACCAUUAUUCGACCCAUUCUCAGCACCAGUUCUCAUACCUUUGUAUUUUCACCUCUUCCUGUUGCUACAGCUGCUGGAGUAAAUGAAUUCCAACGUAGUCUUUUAAUGGGAACUGCCAACCAAGUCUUCAGCAAUCAAAAUUCCCCUCCAUCUUGUGUUCUUCCUGCUCCUGACAGUCCUGGUUCUUCUUGCAGUCCUUCUCCAGGAAUGUCUAAUAUUUCCUUUGACCCAAAUUCUGCAUCAAAGACUGUGAGAUUGAAAUCAGAUGAAGAAAAAAUCCAGUACAAAGAGCACCGUAGAGUCUGCCAUAUUAAUGCUGAGCAGAAAAGAAGAUGCAAUAUAAAGAUUGGCUUCGAGUCCUUACACAAUCUUCUGCCACCAAUGGGACAGACACCAAAUUCAAAAGUUAGCAAAGCAGCUAUGCUACAAAGAGGAGCUGACUAUAUUCGCACUUUGAAAACUGAAAGGCAGCAACAGUUAGAGGAAGUCGAAAUGCUGAAGAAGAAAAUCGAUGAACUGAAUCAAGCAAUAAGUAUGUAUCAGAGUCAGCUUCCUGCUUCUGGUGCUCCUGUUCCUUGCCAAAGGACAAAUCGAAUGAGAGAAAUGUUUGAAGAAUAUGUGCGACAACAGACUCUUCAGAAUUGGAAAUUUUGGAUUUUCAGCUUAAUGGUGGAGCCACUGGUUGAAUCUUACAACAACAAUGUAUCUACAGCCGAUGUUGACGAAAUGUGCAAAUCAAUUUUGAUUUGGCUUGACCAGCACUGUUCCCUUGUAGCUUUAAGGCCUGGAGUGCUGAAUUCAUUACGCCACUUGAGCACAACGACCAAUAUACUGUCUGAUCCAUCUCGUCUGCCGGAAGAAGCAACUCGAGCUGUUACAAAGAAAGAAAACAGGCAAUAGCUCUCAGCAUUUGCUUAGCUAUUUUUCUCUCAGGGCUGAAUUAUUUCGAAAAAGAUUAGAAGAAUUUAUCAUAUUAUACAUGUGCAGUGCAUUUUUAAUGAAAGCAUACAUUGCUAAUUUUCUUUACGUUUUAACUGAGUUAUAUUUGAAACAUUUUACCCACAUUUUCAUUCUAACUGAAUGAGGAUUGUUUAAAUAUUAAAUGGGCUGUUAGAUAAGACUUCAAUUUAAAUUAUGUGCAUAUAAAUUCAAAGAAUAUAUGAGGGUUUUUUUUUAAAUAUAAUAUGUACUGCAGUGUUAUUAACAUUAGGUCCUAAAUUUUAUCUUUUAUUUUCAAAUAAAUGACUGAGCCUUUUUUUUUUAAGUGGUAUAACUCUGCUUUUG